UUCAUUUACCUACUAUUCGCCCCGGCUGCGUUUAUCGCACCUACCUCGUCUCGAUAGGUGUGUGCACCUUUUUACUCGCUCACCAGUGUGUUUACCUCGCUCAGCACCUUCGAACACGUGCUCCCAAGUGCUCCAUUUCGGACUUCGGACAGAAAUUAUAUUUUCGUGCGUGCCGUUCAUAACCUUCCUAGCAUCAAGAAGCCGAUGAAGAGAGAACUGCAACUUGUCGGAGAAUUUUGGUGCCAGGAUUACACUGGCCUGAGAGAGUGCUAGUCGCGCUUGGAACGUAUAGCGUGCGUUGGUCAGCGUUGCGAUGCGCGCGACAACGCUAGCGUGAGCGUGUCAGUCGUGGCCCAUGCCCCGGCGGCCUCGGGCCUGAGCUGCUGCCUGGCCGGCGCGCCGCCGAGCGCCGCAGCCGCGUUGGCCCUGCACGAAGCAGCCGCCGGCCGAGUCUCUCCGGGCGCGCGAGGCCCGCACGAGAGCGGCCUCCCGCCGCCCAGCAGCCGCCAGCCGCCGUCCGCGGCCGCCGUCGCCGGCCUCCAGCAGCACCAGCCGCCAGAGCCCAACAUGCUCUACAACGCGUCCUACUACAACUACUCGCCGCUGCCAACCUCCUUCUACCCUCAGGUGAAGAGAGCGAGAACUGAAGCCCCAGAAAACGAAGUCCCUGAAAGAAGCAGAUCAUUGGAGCCUACAAGUGGCAACAUUUCAAGUCCAGCCAGUCAGUCAGACUCAACGACGUGUGGUUCGCCACCGUCGGCAGCCACCAGCGCGCCGCCCAGCUCGCAGCAGCAAGACGCUGCAGCCACCCCGGUGGCCAGCUCAGCGACUACCCCGACGGCCACGUCGUCCGCUUCGACCGUGGCCGCAGCCACCCCCGCCCACCUCACCAAUGGAAUGCCGCCCCAGCACUCCGCCACUUCUCAAACUUCAGUUGCAGGUCAAGAGGGAAGUUCUGUGAUGGAGGCGGGCAGCUCGACUUCUCCGCACCAAGCACCUGCAGCGUCUUACUCGAGCGCUUCUUGGGCAGUGACUGGAGACUCAAAUGCAGGAGAAUCAAUUAGCUCAUACACAGGAGAAAAAGACUAUCACCAAGCUUCGACAUAUUCAUCAUCUCAGUAUUACAGCAGCAUGAGUCAGGCGUAUAGCGGUCAGAGUGCUGCGUCGGCAUACAUGCAGAGUCCGGGCUUUUACUCGAGCCACCAAGCGCAGACAGCAUCACCUUACGGAAUGCUCCCCUCCAGCUACGGCUCCGUCCCGUCUCGUGGUUUAAGCCAAUCGUGCAAGGUUGGCUCCAACCUAAGCCCAGCGGUGGUAGCUGCUGCAGCAGCCAGCUAUUUGGGAAACCCCUAUUCGACAGCGUUCGCAAGCAGUGCCAGCGUGCAGUCGGCCCAGCCUCCAGCCGCGCACCCCUACUCGUACGGCAGCAGCAGCUACACGUCCUCUGGCGUGUCGUCCACCUCGGGCACCUUUGCCUCUAACGGGACCAGUUCGUCCCAACCCUUCUCCUCCCAGCAGGCUGCAAGCAGCAUGGACUACGGAGGCUACCCCUACACUCAGGCGACGGCUGCCGGCUACCCUUACUACCAUCCCCAGUCAAGCUACUCACCCUACAUGACUGCCUCUUCAGCAGCUUCGCCCUCAAGCAACGGGAGCGGCAGUACCAGCGGUGGCGCUCUGCUGGGCGCCAGCAAUGGCUCCUCCUCCUCAGGUGGAUCGUACCACUUGGCCUCGCUAACUACUCAGCCGGCUCUCUCAGCCGACAGCCCAAGCAACUACACGAUGGCCGAGGCCGGUCCGAAUUCCCCAGUCAAGGCCGGAUCGAUCCCUGGCGGUUCGGACGCCAAUGGCAUUGGCAACCGCAGGACCUCAGCCGCAUCCUCCAGGGACCCUGCCGGUGCGGAAACAGCUCCCCAGGCGAGCAACAGAACGAGCAGGGGACGCAACCGCAGGCAAAACAAUCCUUCACCCAGUCCUGAAAGCAGUCUGGAGAGGGUCUUCAUUUGGGACCUCGACGAGACAAUAAUCAUCUUUCACUCGCUGCUCACAGGAUCGUAUGCCACCAGAUUUGGCAAAGAUACCAAUGGUGUCGUCCAGCUGGGAUUCAGGAUGGAGGAGUUGGUGUUCAGUCUUGCAGACACUCACUUGUUCUUCAACGAUGUUGAGGAUUGUGACCAAGUCCACAUUGACGACGUCGCUUCAGACGACAAUGGCCAGGACCUAGGAGAUCUUGUUAACAGCUCGUACAACUUCACUGCUGACGGUUUCCACGCAGCGGCCAGCAAUGGCAACCUGUGCCUGGCUACUGGCGGCGUCCGCGGAGGCGUCGACUGGAUGCGGAAGCUCGCCUUCCGCUAUCGCAGGAUCAAGGAGAUGUAUAACAACUACAGGCACAGCGUUGGGGGACUGCUUGGGCCGGCCAAGAGGGAUCAGUGGUUACAACUGCGGGCUGAAAUCGAGGCUGUCACUGAAAACUGGCUGACGCUGGCAAUAAAGUGUAUAGCUUUGAUCAACUCCAGGCCAAACUGUGUUAACGUCUUAGUUACCACGACCCAGUUGGUGCCAGCGCUAGCCAAAGUUUUGUUGUUUGGACUAGGAGGACUGUUCCCCAUCGAGAACAUUUAUUCGGCUACUAAAAUAGGCAAAGAAAGUUGCUUUGAAAGAAUAGUUACUAGAUUUGGACGUAAGUGCACAUAUGUUGUCGUUGGAGAUGGCCAGGACGAAGAGGCAGCAGCAAAGCAGAUGAAUUUCCCCUUCUGGCGAAUAUCAAGCCACAGCGACACAGCGGCACUUUACAACGCACUUGAUAUGGGAUUUCUUUGAUCAACUCAAAUCGUGUGAUCGGCUCCUGCUCUCGAAUAAGUAUUAAUUACUAGCCUUUAAUUAUUUUUGUGAUCAAUCAGCGACUGAUCGAAAUGUCCAACCGAACGAUUUAUUAACAUUAAGUAAUAUACAUAUAAUUUAAAAUCACCAUUUUGUUAUACGAUUGCAAUAUGUUUGAAUAAUUUGCAGAUUUAUAAUAUAGUUAAAAUAAUUUUCAAUGAUAGUGAAAUCUUAUAUUUAUCAAAAACAGUGUUUAAUAUGUAGGCAUGAAGAUCUCUCAUUUGUAAAUUUCAAGUUGCGAUUUACAAACUUGUAGUAACGCAGAAUGCAAAAACUCUGCGUGUUCAGAAAUAUGGAAUGAUUAAUAACCAAAUCACGAGCUCCUGUGUAAAUAUAGUGAAAAGUGUCGUCAGUAUUUUAGCAUGUAGUAAAAAGUCACGAACUAACAGAUGACACUCAUUCUUGCGGGAAAAGCAGUUUAAUAUACAACCUGCUCCUUUGAUUCUCACUCUUGUCCACACCACCACUUUAAAAUGUAUAUUAGAAAUCGUACAGCAGCAGCAUCAAAUGUUAUUUUGUAAAAUUCAGUGUAUUAUAAGGUGCCAAAAACUAUCUAAGAAGGGUGUUUGUGUAGAUUUAUCAAUAGAAGAGAAGAAAAUCCAAAGUGAUAAAAACAUGCGAUUAUCAGUUUGAGAUUAUCAAAUAAAGAUAAUAUCACAGAAAUAUGCUGAUA